AAAAUCAAAUGACAAUUAUACCCUCGGACCUACUCUUUCUCUGAUACGAUUCACAGAAGACGCCUCCAAUCACAAUUUCUUCUCCAUCUCCCAUCUUCUUCUCUGUAGCCACCGUGCGCAGCUCUUCGAUCUCUACCGCCAUCAUCCUUGUCGACUCAGCUCUCCGAUCUCCGAUCUCCACCGCCGCCAGCUCUCCGACCAGGUUGCUUAGGUUGAGUUGAGAUUUGAGAAAGAAUUAGAUUGGUGAGAAAGUAUGACAACGGCUGCUAGACCGACAUGGGCACCUGCUAAAGGUGGUAACGAACAAGGUGGAACACGUAUAUUUGGUCCUUCUCAGAAGUAUUCCUCCAGGGAUAUUGCUUCUCACACAACCCUCAAGCCCAGAAAGGAUGGUCAAGACACCCAAGAUGAACUAGAAAGGAGAGACCUCAAAGAGGAGUUGGUGGAGCGUGAGCGCAGACACUUCUCAUCUAAAGACAAGGGUUAUGGUGAGGAUAGAGACCGAAGAAAAAGUGGUCAUCACCUACUGGAAGGAUCAAGGAGAGAACUAGAGGACAGAAUUGUUCCACGCAGUGCUGAUGCUGAUGAUGCUGAUUUAGAUGUCAAAAGUGAUGAUGACAGUGAUGAAGAGGAUGAUGAUGAAGAAGAUGAUACAGAAGCACUUUUAGCAGAGCUUGAACAAAUCAAGAAGGAACGGGCGGAGGAAAAACUACGCAAAGAACGUGAAGAGCAAGAAGAGGAGCUUAAACUGAAAGAGGCCGAGUUGAUAAGAGGGAACCCUUUGCUUAAUAAUCCAACUUCAACUUCCUUCAAUGUCAAACGCAGGUGGGAUGAUGACGUGGUGUUCAAGAACCAGGCCCGUGGAGAAACCAAGGCUCCAAAGCGCUUCAUCAAUGACACCAUUCGCAGUGACUUCCAUCGCAAAUUUCUUCACAAAUACAUGAAGUGAAGUGUGUAAUCAUCGACAUCCAUCCACACUCCAAAAUUUGCCAACAGUUUGUUAUCUUUGUUUGUAUAAUGCUUCAUAGUAUUGAAUUUUUCGUCUGUCUUCUUUUCUUCCAUGGUACAUUUGGGAGGGAAUGGAUGAUUCGUUCUACUUGGAUUAGUUAUCAUGUACAUUUCUGACAAAGUAGUCAUCCUUUUCGUGGACAAAAUUUUUAAAUAUUUAUUACAAA